AUGCCUAGCGACUUCAUAACGACCAUCGAUUCCGAUGAUGAAACGCCAAACUACGGUGAAUCAAGUGUGCAGAAGGGUAAGACACCAGCCAAGAACGACGAGUUAGAUCCAGAUUUCGAAUUUGAUUUUAGUGGAGGGGGAAGGGAGACUGGGCUGGAUCUUUGGGGAGGGGAUGAAGUGAAGGGACUGAAGAAUGGUACAGAGCCAAUCAAUGUAGACGAUAUCAUCGCCAGGCGGAGAGGCAAACCACUCGAAUCGUACGCUGAUAGAAAACGUAAGAGGAAGGCUGUUCUAGAAGAAGAGGAGGACGAGGAAGAGAGGAGUGAAGAUGAAAAUGGAAAAGACGGCUCUGAGAAUGAAGAUGAGGACAUGAGCGACGGGGAUGAAGAUGACGAGAUGUCUGUUGAUGCUUCUGAUAUUGAGAGUGGAACCGAGGAGGAUGACGAGAACGACGAGGACGACGACGACGAAGAAGAAGAAGAUGAUGAUGAAGAAGGUGACGAAGAAGAAGAAGAAGAAGAAGCAGGAUCCUCAUCUGACGAAGACGAAGAAACCGCUGCCGAAUUAGCUCGAAAAGAAGCUUUCUUCGCUAAAGAUCCAACAUUCACCGAUGAUCCCACUUUACCGACCUCCUUCUCAGCCAUGAAUCUUUCUCGACCGUUGUUACGAGCUCUCACUUCCUUACAGCUCACGUCACCUACCCCCAUUCAAGCCCGAGCCAUACCUUUGGCCUUGCAAGGUCGAGAUAUCUUAGGUUCAGCUGUGACCGGUUCCGGUAAGACCGCAGCAUUCAUGAUACCCGUAUUAGAGAGAUUAUGCUAUAGGGAUAGAGGUAAAGGUGGACAGGCAUGUAGAGUACUGAUUCUCUGUCCAACAAGAGAAUUGGCAGUACAGUGUGAAGCAGUCGGCAAAGCCUUGACCGAAAAAGGUGGAUUAGAUAUAAGGUUCGCCCUGUUGGUUGGUGGAUUAUCAUUGAACGCUCAAGCUCAUACACUUCGAACACUUCCUGAUGUACUUAUCGCUACACCCGGUCGAUUGAUCGAUCAUCUAACCAACACACCUUCGUUCACCCUCUCAGCCUUAGAUGUUUUGGUCAUCGACGAAGCCGAUAGAAUGUUAGAAGCUGGUUUCACGGAUGAAUUGGAAGAAAUCAUCAAAGCUUGUCCUAGAUCAAGACAAACCAUGUUAUUCUCCGCUACCAUGACUGAUUCAGUGGAUGAAUUGGUCAAAUUAUCAUUGGAUAAACCAAUUAGAGUAUUUGUGGAUCCUAAGAGAAAUACCGCGAAAGGGUUGAUACAAGAGUUCGUUAGGAUAAGAUCGGAUGAUACAAGAUCGCCCAGUCUGUUGGCUUUGUGCAAGAGGACAGUUAGAGAGAAGUGUAUCAUCUUCUUCAGGAGUAAAGCGUUGGCUCAUCAGAUGAGAAUUGUAUUUGGAUUGAAUGGGUUGAAGGCUGCGGAGCUACACGGUAAUUUGACACAGGAGCAGCGUCUACAAGCACUCAACGACUUCAAAGCUGGAUCUGUCGAUUAUCUUCUCGCUACCGAUUUGGCUUCUCGAGGUUUAGAUAUCAAAGGAGUCGAAACGGUAAUCAACUACGAUAUGCCAGGACAACUAGCCCAGUAUACCCAUCGAGUGGGAAGAACAGCAAGAGCAGGUAGGAAGGGUCGAUCGAUCUCGUUGGUGGGAGAAGCGGAUCGGAAGAUGUUGAAAGCUGCAGUGAAACAAUCGGAAGCGGACCAAGUUCGACAACGUAUUAUUCCAGCUGAAGCGGUCAACGCUAUGGCAGAAAAAUUAAACGAAAUCAAAGAUGAGAUUCAAGAAGUCUUGAGAGAGGAGAAGGAAGAGAAGUUGUUAAGACAGGCUGAUAUGGAGCUGAAGAAGGGUCAGAAUAUGGUUGAGCAUCAUGAUGAGAUUCAUUCGAGACCCGCUAGAACUUGGUUCCAGAGUGAGAAGGAGAAGCAGAAUGCUAAAAGUGCAAGUAAAGAAGCCUACGUUGGAUCAUUCCCCGAUGCAAAAGACGCCAAGAAAGCCAAAGAGAAAGAAGGACCCAAGAGAGGCAAAUACGAUGGAUUAUCGAGAAAAGCCAAAAGGAGAAAGAUGGCUAUGGAAGAAGAUCAAGCGGAUCAACAAUCUUCAAAAUCUACCACAAUGGCUAUUCGAAACGCGAAGAAAGCUGCUCGACCAGUCAAGAUUACCGAAGCUUUACCUAAACCCAAAUCCACGGCAAAGAAAUCAGGUAAAGUUGGAGGUGGAGGUAAGAGGAAGUCUGCGUUUGACGAUGAUAACAAGCCAUCAAAGAAACAUGAAGGUAUGCGGGCUAAGCCAACUAAGGUGAAUUUGGAUAAGAAGGGGAAGGGCGGGAAGGGGAAGAGUAAGGCGAAACGUAGAUAA